CUCAGACUUCCCUUCUGGUGUCGAAGCAUUUCACAGGUCAUCAGCCCAUAAAAAACAGCAGAGAACGCCAAAGGAACGCAGAAGUAGAAACCAAACAGCCACCAGUCCUUCGCAUCGCGAUGAUCUGAGCAGGGUGGCAUUCCCACAAUCCCCACAUGAAUAACACAGGACAGCACCGUGUGAUGUACUUGAAGGCUGUUUUAUGAGUGGUCUGCAGACAGCUAGGGGGCCCUUUUGUGUGCACAAGACCAGCCUGGGAAGCAUUGGGCGAAGACGAGUCAGAUGUAGGCUUCCAUUCCUGUUUGUGCCUCAAUUUGCUUGUGUGUUUGAGUUCAGAUUUUUCUAGUCCAGGCUCCAGAGAAGACCAGGACUCAUCCAUGGUCUCUUGGCUGGAUCUCGCUCAUGGUGGGAGAUCUGGCUAUGAUGGUGCACCUCUGGAGCUAGUGAUGGAUCCAAACCGUGGAAGUCUAGUUGAAGGUCCGACACCACAUCGGGUUCAGAUGAGCGGUUACUGUGGCAACCAACUAAUCAGGAACAACCAAACACCAGAUGACAGGAAGUAUGGUCAACAUGGAGGGAAACCAAGAACCUGAUCCAGUCCUCAUUUUGGAACCUGCCAAGAGUCUAGAUUUAGAAACGACGAAAAGAGUGAUUCUGGAGAUCGUUUCAACCUUUGCCCUGAUCCAAAUGUGCAGAAAUGAGCAAACUAAGGAGUCAAUACAGGACUAUGAAGCUUGCGAGUCUCUUGGAACAAGUUCAGUUCCAGAAUCGACUCAAACCUCUCAAGUUGAAAUUGCAAAGUUUAGAAGCAGCUUAAAGCAGAACAUCUGUGUGGAAUUACUGAAAGAAGGCAACCACAAGUCGUUCUCAGAGGUGGUCUCUCUGCUGCGGUCUGAUCAGGAUCGGCGGGAUGCUGUUACUCCACGCCCAGACAUCAGCAUGCCAACUCCACUGGAGGAAGACCAGGACAAACUGGAGACCAUAAUGCACCUGCGCCAGUCCGAGCAGGCAGAACUAACGGGAUCGUGGACAGCGGCGUGUCGGCAGCGUCUGUCUUUGGCUCAGUACUUCUCAGCGCCUGAGGAUCUCUGGCUCCGUCUGCACUUCUACCUCAGUGCUGCAGACAUAAAUCAAGCUGGCAAGUCCAAAGAGGUGGCCGAGGCCCGGGUGUGCUUAGCAGAACUCUACCUGCAGGAAGGUGACCUGGAUGAGGCCAGACACCAGGGGGAGCUGUGCAUGCAGCAGGUAAAGAAAAACGCCUGGUUGGACUCGACCGGCCGGCCUCUCUGGCUUAGAGCCUGUCGGACACUCUGGAGGAUCUACAGCAGGUUAGCCGAAGCCGCGCAGGCCGCUGCAGACUACGACGACGCCCGGACGCUGCUGCAUAGCGGCUACAACAUAACUACUGGGUCUGGAGACAAACAGAUUGAAGGGGAGGCGGCGUACCAACUAGGACUGACCUAUCAGAGUUCAGGAGAUCACGACACCGCCAACACGUUCUUCAACGUGUAUUUACAGAUUUCCAGCACGCUGCAGGACAAUGACGGAGUCGCAAAGGCGAACUUGGCCAUCGCCAAGUCUACGGAGCGUCAGGGGAACGUGGAUGAGGCGAUCCAGUACCUGGAAAAAGUGAUCGAGAUCUCCUGCCACAAUGGACUUGAUCACGACCUAGCAGACACCUACCUAUGUUUGGGCAGCAUCUACUAUGAGGGGAAUCAAUAUGAGAAAGCGUGUGAGUACUUUGAUCAGAGUUACCGUGUUGCCUGUAACAUGCAAGAUGAGGCUAAAGUGCACAAAGCGCAGGUGUUGCUGGGCAGCGCUCGAGCCUACACGCUGAUCCAGAGGUACAGCGCCGACGUGGUGGCAUCCGACACGCCUGCCUGCCUGCUGCGAGUGCUGACCUGGAAGACGCCGGGAGGACCGACACAUAAACCUGCUGUCUAAGUCACAAAGUGGUCACCAGUUCAGUUUAGUCGAUAGUUGAUAAAAGUAACCCAGUAAAAGUGCAGGGUAAAUAAAUGGAGCUUAAAUAACAAUAAUUCCAUCACAGAAAAGCAUGAAUUUCUGGACCAGGGGGACAAUGUGUAAUAACAGCCAUUCGGUGGUGUAAUAGUUUUAGCACUUAAGCCAAAUUCUCCAAAUUCAUUUGUAAGUCAUAUUGAUGAAAAGCAUUUCAAUAAAUGUGAGAUAUGGUGUCAUUUUUGGUGACGUCUGGAC